UCUGAUCAAUUAAAAGAGCAUAUGGUCGAUCACAAGCCUAGUAAUAGCAAAGAAACGUUCAAAUGCGAAAUCUGUCAUAAGACUAUCAAACAUAAAGGUUAUCUGAAAACUCACAUGCUGAUUCACAAAGGAAUACGACCCCAUCAAUGCGAUGUUUGUAAUAAGACUUUCACACAAUCAGAUUCUCUGAAAAGACACAUGCUCAUUCACAUUGGUGAGCGCCCCCAUAAAUGCCUUAUAUGCAACAAGACUUUCAGACAAUCAGGUAAUCUGGAUAAACACAUGCUGAUUCACAAAGGAAUACGCCCCCAUCAAUGUGAUGUAUGUAAUAAGACAUUCACACAAUCAAGUCAUCUGAAUAAACACAUGAUCAUUCACAAAGGAAUACGACCCCAUCAAUGCGAUGUUUGUAAUAAGACUUUCAUACAAUCAGAUUAUCUGAAAAAACACAUGCUGAUUCACAUUGGUGAGAACCCCUACGUUUGUAGUAUAUGCAAUAAAACAUUCACACAAUCAGGUUCUCUGAAAAAACACAUGCUGGUUCAUAAAGGAAUACGCCCCCAUCAAUGCGAUGUUUGUAAUAAGACUUUCACAGAAUCGAGUGGUUUGAAAUGUCACAUGCAAAUUCACAAUGCAGUACCCCGCAAUGAAUGCAAUGUUUGUAAUAAGACAUUCACGGUGUUAGGUAAUCUCAAACGUCACAUGAAAAUUCACAAUUGA